AUGUCAACACCAACCCCCGGCAAAAACCCUCUGUCGCAAGGCAAAACACCCUCUCAGCCCUACCAUGGCGCCGCCGCAACCCCCUCCGUCUCAACACCCUUCUCCGCCUCCGCGGCAUUCUCCCCACACGGCGCGCGUUCAUCACCCCAGCAGUUCAAGAAAUCGCCCGCGGCCGGGAGCCUCAACCGCUCCACUGGCCCCGUUAAUUUCGACAGCCCGUCGGCGGCCGCGGCCUUGGGUGCGCUGGACAUGAACGCCUUGGGUGUCAGUCUCCAGGGUCUUGGUAACCUGGGGCAGGCUAGCGAUGAUGAGAGGGCGAGGCGGUUAGAUGCGGUGCUCGCGAUUUUGAAUCGGAAUAAAGGGCUAGUCAGCGAGGCUGGCAUAGAGAGGCUAGCUAAGAAAUUGGAGCUCGAGUCUUUCUGGGAGAGCUCCAUGGGUGGCGGAAACACCAAGAGCUUCAUCAUGGGCGGAUCGGCACUCGAGUUGGAUGUUAAGUUCUUGGACAACGUCGUGCAGUCCGUGACCAUGAACUUCCCGGGCUCGGCGGAAAUCGUCAACAAGCAUGCCAAGUCGGGCGGGGAAAUCCUCUUGAAGGACUUGCAACUCGCCAAAGGGCAGAACCCACUUACCAAGUCCAUGGGGAGGUUCGCUGCCAAUUUGGAGCGCCUUGCCAUGCUGGAUAAGUUGAGUCUCGGGCCUGAACUCAAUUUGUUUGAGGCUGUCGCCGGCAUCUAUGAGUGCCUGUGCCGCCUAUACGAUUGGGAAAUCCAAAAGGUUCGCGAGGACCCCGCAGCCGUGGCGAAAGGAGACGAGUACAUCGAGGGCCUCGUCCUUUGCACUCGAAGCGGGAAGCCGAGUAUGAAUACAAGGGGGCGCGUCGGCAUGGUGCUUGACUACUGGAAGACUAGGCGACUCCAGGGUCGGCCCACGGGGGCAGCAGUCGACGAGCAGACGGACGACAACCAACAGCCAUGGAGUAUCCUGAUCGGUUGUGCGCCUUUAAGGGAGAUCGGGCUCAACCCUGUUCGCAUCUCAGACAAAUGGAUCGGCCCUGAAGUCGUAAAAAUGCCCGGCCCGGAGGACAUGCACGCGGGAGGGCCCAUCAUCGACUGGCAGGAGCCCGAGAGCACCUUCGCCCCGCCGCCCGACCCGUCCAAGGCUGAUCCCAUGCAGCCGGAUCAGUCGCUUCUAGGACCACAGCUCCCUAACGUUGUGUUCCACGCCACGUUCGACCCUCCGGUCCACAUUCCGACUUCUCUGUGGGGUCAGAUCCAGCAACUGGGCUGUGUAAUGGAAGAGCCAGCGCUGUUCAAGCAACUCGCCAUCACGACCUUUGACAGCCUCGUUUUCCCCUACCCCGCCGGUAAGGGGCCAGACAGCACCGAGUCAAGGACGGUUUCUUGCAACAGGAAAGUACCGUAUCUCGCGCCGGGCCAGACUAAGCUCUCUCUCAAGACGCACGCCAGCACGCUCUACGUCAACAAAUCCAUCCCGAGCCGGACCCUGAGCGACAUGACCUUUUCCCACCCCCAACAACUCAUCACCAUCCUCCCAUACCUCCGGCAGUACGCCUUUCUCUCCCUACUACUCAAGAACACCUUCACCGAGCACACCAGCCCAAACACCCUGCUCGACCCAACCGACGCCCAACAACAACAACACCCCGCAACACCACCCACCAUCUCAAAAACCAUCACCACCAACCAAGACGACUACAACAACCUCAUCUCCCCCCAACCCAAACCCUCCCCUUCCCAACCAUCACCCCCAACCCCAACAACACCAACCCCCACGCCCGAACCCCCCCUCAACAUCGACAUAACCCUAACCAUGCUCCCCGUCCCCCGCCUAACCAUAAUAUUCCCCUUCCGCAACCGCACCGCCAACGUGACGCUCGAGAUCCGCGAGAACGGACACGUGCGUGUUGAGUCGCAGGAUGUGCUGGACGAGGGGAAUAGGAUAGCGCCGAAUGGACGGCAGCGAAGGGUGGAGGAUGUUGGGGGGGUGUUGGAGGUUUUGGAGGAUGUGGGGGGGUGGGUUGAGUUUGUACGGUCGAGGUGGGUUUAG